CUUUUCUCGCGUCCUCAUCUUUCCCUUCACCACGGUGCAUAUACCAUAUUCCUAAACGAGUCAGCGAGAUUCCAGUUAGGAUAAACUAGGACAGGACAAUUUAAGCAAGAUGGCGUUUCCCCUGUCGCCAGCUAAAGUGACGCUCCGAUAGUGCAAUGAGUAUUGGAUAUCUCCUAGGGGAUAUAGCGAGGAUUCUGGAUAACUCUGUUCAGCCUAAUCAAUCAUGUGGCAUUGACCUACUCUAAAGGCAGAGGAAGAACAUAACUUGACUUGGAGAGUAAGAUUGCCACUGGACGAAUGUCAAGGUGUUUGUACAGUCAGAGACAAAACCGAAAACGAUGUAGCCUAAAUAACGGAAUCACGUCGACAAAGCAGCGCGAUAAAGCAGCGGGGUUCUGUAUUCUGGCUCAUCAUCAUCAAACUGGUUGGAUGACGGAGAAGAAAAGCGUGGGACGGGAGAUGCCUAUCUGUCGUUUUUAAUCAUCCGUCAGUCAAGUGAAUGCCUGCGGUAUCAAAUUCAAAAACAAAUACCGACGGGAAUGUUUGUCAACAUAUGUCUAUAGAUCCGAUGUGAAGGAUGCGCGCACUGCGUCUCAAGGGUGUCAAAGAUAAAUAACCUAAAAUGCAGCGUUUAAUUUGACUGGCAUACAAUCCUUCGGCUAAAUGUGCUUCAGUCAACAUCUGAUCUAUUUCCAUGUUGUAUUUUGAUAAACCCUGUCUGCUGUCGUCUCAAGACUGAAGAGGGGGGAGGAUGUCCGUGGCUCUCUCCGUGACGGUUAUGUCUUCAGCGUUCUUUAAUCCCACUUUUGCCUUCAGUUCCCAUUUUGACUCAGAUGGCGCUCCACUGAGUGAGCUGUCGUGGCCGUCGUCUCUGGCAGUGGUGGCUGUUUCCUUCUCUGGGCUCUUCACCUUCGUCUUCCUCAUGCUGGCCUGCCUCUGCUGUAAGAAGGGACACAUCGGGUUCAAAGAGUUUGAGAACACAGAGGGAGAGGAGUACCAGGCUGACCUGGCCUCGUCUCAGAAUGGACCUGAAGUCUACAUCCUCCCCCUCACUGAGGUCUCCCUUCCCGUCUCCAAACAGCCCGGACGAUCCAGUAAGAUCCUAGGCUAGACCUUUGAACUUUCACCUCUAUAUAUCACCUAUGACCCAUAUGGCUGUCUCUUCUCUCCUCUCCUCUCU